CUGGUUAAGGCUUUAUAAAGAUAAAUGCUUAUAAAUAAAAAAACAAUUUAAAAUGUCAUUUCAAAGUCAAAAUUAAUCAUUUCAUUUCAUAAAUCACAAAUUAAAAUGUUGCUAAAAAGGGUGCAAACCAAACUACCUCUGCCAAACAUAUAUUUAGAAGUUUCGCGAAGUAUCAAAAAACAAACAUGCUGGGAAGACGAGGACUGUUGCGGUAAGAAACUACACCCUCCAAAACAUGAGAAAAUUGUGGUGGAAAAGGCUUGCUGUCCUUGUCCUUUUAUAUGGUACGAGCACAAAAAGCCCGUUUUGAAACCGAGACCGAAAGUGGAAAUAGAAGUCGACGAUGGGAUACCAAAGGAGAUGCAAUGGUGCUACCCGGGAAAAGUCAUCCCCCAAAUAAACUUUGGAAAGGUUAAGGAGGACGGGAUCAAAUGUUUGGCGAGGACUACCGUGGCGGCCAGUUUAAAAAUGGGGGGGAAAAUUUGUCCCAAAAAAGGGGUACAAACGGUGAAAUAUAUGAAACUGGACGAUUUUUUCAAAAAUCCAAAAAUACCCGAAGCUACAUGGAACACCGACUGCCAAUUUUAACAAUAUAAAAUCC